AUGGAAAACGAGGGAAUUAAGGGAAGAGUUGCAACGACGACAUACGAGUACGAGGAUUUGUUACUGGUGAUGGCCGAGAAGCUGGACACGGAUGCUUUUGUGUCCGAAUUAUGUCAAGGGUUUCAUCUUCUAGCUGAUCAGAACGCAGGGCUGAUAAGGCCCGAGAGUCUAAGGAUUAACGCUGCUGCACUUUUAGGUAUGGAAGGGAUGAGCAAAGAUGAAGCACAAGCUAUGGUCAGAGAAGGUGAUCUUGAUGGAGAUGGAACACUCAACCAGACCGAGUUUUGCAUCCCGAUGGUGAGGCUUAGCCCCAGAAUGAUGAACGACGCUGGGUCGUGGCUCGAGAAAGCUAUCGUUCAAGAGCUAAACAAAUCCUCAGCUUGAUCUUUUUCUUCUUUUUUUUUUUUGAAGGUAUGCUUGUAUGAAAUUGGAGCACUAUAUUCAUGUUGUUGUA